AUGCAACCAGUUGCAUCCCCAGAUAUUUGUGGAAGUGAAGUGCAAGGAUUCAAAAUGCGACCAAUUUUAUACGUAUUGUUAUUGACUAUUCAGUUAGCCAUCACUCAUUGUGCAAAUCCUCUUUCAUACAAAGGCAGAUGUAGCGUCCGGGAUUCAAACUGCAUUACCAGGCACGUCCAACUCAAAGCUCCAGCUAUCGCUGCUAAUGUUUUGUCGGAGGCAGCAUCAAGAUCUUUAGACCCACUGAUCAUAGACGCCGCAGAGAUAGACAUUGCUGGUCUGAAAAUAAACUUUUACAAGGCAAUUGUUAAGAGCUUAAAUGGAUUCGCUAUUGACAAAGUAGAAAUCGACACAGCUGCAAGGAAAAUGCGGGUUAUAUCGCACACUGAUGCGGUAGUAAAGGGCCAUUAUAGUAUUGACGGAGAAGUCCUGGGAUUCGCAAUAAAUGAAGAUGGUGACGCGGAAAUUAAUUCUAAAAACUUCCAAGUUGAAUUCGUAAUGCCGUACGAUAUCGUAAAAGAUGCCUCCGGUCGAGGGGUUUUUGAUCUGAAAGGAUUUAAAUACACCUACGAUAUUAAAGACAAAGUGGAGUAUAAUUUCAGUAAUUUGUUCGCAGGCAAUAGAGCACUUAGUGAUACAGCCCACAAAUUUAUAAACCGAAGCUGGUCGAAGGUUCUAAUAACCACUUAUGGACGACCAAUCCUCGAUGUAGUGACUUCUAAAGUCUUCAACGCUUUCCGAGCAUAUCUCCAUACACAGCCGAUUGACGAUAUUUUGUACUAA